AUGGGUUCAGAUACCAAAGCGCUUACUCUGCAAGAGUCGACUGCGAUCGACGGACGAGGUCGAGAACGCGAGAGUUUGUCGAGCCCCUCUGCAAGGGAUGGGGAAACAGUUCGCCCAUCAAAACGAAAGCUGGUCGAUAUUGAACACUCUGAUGAGAGCAGCCACAACGCGAGACGUGGCAAAGCGUUCUCAAGAGUCAACGAUGCGUCUAUCACACGAUCGUUUGGUUCAAAGGACGGCUUCAACGAAAACACGGUCUCCUAUUUGCGUCAGCACCCUAGCAGAACCAUACAAACGGGGCAAUCUGCUAUACUCAUCUUCGCUGAUAGACCGAGACCGCAUACCAGCCCCGUGGCUGGAAGUAUAAGUCGACCAGUGUCUGCUAUCAACAGCUUUCAAAACCAUAUCAGGGCCUUUGAACCUCCGCCCGUCUUUCGCCCUCCCUCGAGAAAUCAUAGAACUCGAUAUUCGCCCAUCAGCCAGUCGACAAUCAUAACUCCGCCCACAGGUCGACAACGUCGUCCUCUUUCUGACUUGUCGGCCGGAUCACCUCAACGUGGACGUGACGGGCUCCCCGUCAAGCUGACUCGAACUCCCUCGGACAAGGAGAAUCCUGAAAAGUUACCGUCCUCCGGUAAGCACUCGGCAGGCGACAUGACAGUUGAUGGUGCAGUGGAGAACAGCCUCAAUCACAACCGCGUUGCCGGGGCUGCGUCGAAGAAGGCUGGCAGUUCCCGUGCAGUUGAACAGCUUCUAGAUCCCGCACCACAACGGGAAUUCGAUAAAGAGCCCGCGAGCCAGAUUCAGCCCUCUCCUCGGAUCCCCCAGCUUAGCAUCAAGGAUUUCGCUCGUUACACUCUAUGUUCUCACUGGCCAUCCGUUCAAAAGGAGCACGCUUUCCAAAAUGGCUUUAUUCCACGGCCAGCCAGUCAAAGCGAGCUCUUGAUGGGCCGCUAUGUACUCGUUCGUUUACUUGACUGCUCGGAACCAGAAGACAUCGCGAAAGAGAUCUACCAAGUUGCCCAGACGGUCUCUGUGCUACGGUCGCGGUUGAUGCGUGGGUCGGGCAGACCAGGAAGUCAACCCAAGAUUUCUUCUUGUUCUCGGGAGAAGAUUGAGCAGAAACUUGUCAUCUUCUACGGCAUGCAAGCUCUGCCUUUGAUGCCUACAGAGAAUCAUCCUUGCAAAUGUGAUGAUGAUUCGCAACUGUGUGAAUUUUGUUUGCGACUGGUUGACUCACCACUACGUUACCACUUCAAGGGCGCGGUGCUCUUUUCGACUGGCGGGAGAUUCUGUCCUCCAGAGAUUUUGCAUAGUUCUAGAGAGGGUUCCGGCACUACAAGACCAAGCUUAUACGACAAUGGCAGAAAGGACAAACUCGUGGCAGAUGUCAUUACGAAUUGGCGGCAGGCUACGAGUCUCUUACGAAGCUUGCAUUGUGAUGAUGGCGUGGUGUGA